AUGAUGAUGAUGAUGAUGAUGAUGAAGAUAUAGAUGAACAACAAGAAGAAGAAAUAACAUCUAUUACAAUGGAAUACAUUGCAAAAAUGGAACAAGAAAACGAUCAAGACGAAGAGGAAGGAUCAGCCUCUGAAACUGAAAGCAUGGAAGAAGAUGAAGCACCUGAAGAUGAUGAAGAUGAUGAAGAUGAUGUCAAUGAAGAAGAAUAUAUGACUCCAGCUAAAGCAGUAUUGGCUGAAGAUUUAUCUGAUAGUGCCAAAUGUUGUGAUGUGAUCAUCGUUGCACCUCCAUCUCAAACUCAUGAAUAUGAAGUAUUCAAUUCUUAUGGUAAUGAACUUUCAAAUCCAUUUUUAUUACAACGUUAUGGUUUCAUAACUAAGACCAAUGUUAAUGAUUCAUGUUUAUUAGCAGUUCAAUUGUUUCAAUAUAUCAAAGACAUUAAAGCCAAAUCUUCCAAGAAGAAUAUUGCUCAAUUAGAAGAGAAAUUAUCAUGGUUGGAUGAUAUUGGAUUUCAUGUUUUGAAUCAUGUUAUAGAUGGGACUGAACAUGGUCAUCAUCAUGGACAUGAUCAUGAUCAUCAUGACGGACAUGAUCAUGAUCAUCAUGACGGACAUGAUCACGAUGAAGAAGAUGAAGAAGAUGAGAAGGAUGUGGUUGAAACUUGGUCAUUAGCAUGUAGCAUAACUUAUGCUGGUAAAGCUACCCCAGAAACAUAUGCCAUCUUAAAAUUAAUCCAAUUACCAUAUCUUCAAUUCAAAGAUAAACUCUUAUCUACAAAGAAAGAACACGUAUUAAUCAAACGAGUUAAAUCUCUCUUAGUGGAUACUACUAAAUCUGAAUUAGAACAAUUCAAUCAGCUUAUAAAACAAUGGUGUCAAUCAAAAGUUAAAAAGUAUUGCAAAAAGGAUAAAGUUGCAAAUACCUCCACCAACAGCAUAAUUAUUCAAUCUAUUAUCGAACAAGAGAUCACUAUAUUGAAUAAAUUUAUAAAGAAGCAUUAGUCACUCUGUAUAUAGCAACCUUGUAAUAUAACGUGCAAAUGUGUAACUGAAGGUCUGAAAUUAGAUUAUGAUUGCCGUUUUUGGUAUUGGUGUAAGUUAAAGCAGCGCAUAACUAGGUGCUCACAUAACAAACAAAAAAAAAGCAGGGGAACGGAGCGCUAGGCAUAAAAUUAAAUUAAAUUAAACAACUAAUUAUAAAUAACGAGUCAUAUUUGAAUUCAAUACCAUGUCAAUGAUUACCAUAGAAUCAAAUAAUAGUAGGAACAUGAGUGUUGAUAUAGAUAAGGAGCAGGAUUUCAUUAA